AUGGAUUUGUCUGUGAAGGCAAUACAGGAGGUCAUACACCCCACGGCUGCAUUCACGUACUACGACGAUUCGCAGGUGCAACCAACGACCACAUCCCCCACUCAAGUCACAUGGGACAAUUCCUUGCUGAAUCCCAAGAACAGAAUUGACAGCCUUGAUCUGCCGCAAUGCCCAUUAUGGAGAAUCGAUGGCUGCUCAAGUCUGGGUAUGCAGUACUACGCCAUACCUCUUUUCCUGUCGACUCUGCCGCCCAUGCGUAUGGACGUUUUUAUUCACGAAAACCAGCCAGAGGAAUUACGCCAACAGCUUGAGCUGAACAUCGCUUUUCACACCAAGGAUGGAGCACGUUUGUCCAAUCUCGCAAUCUCCAAGUAUAUCAUUCGAGUGCUAGGUCGGUGGGUCAUGACUGCGUUUGAAGACUUGGACGCCUUUGAAAAGUUCUACAGAUCUGUUCCCUUUGGAACGCGUCUUGUGCUUGAGAAAUUGUCGACAAGAAUCCAGGAUGUUGUCGUCGCUGUAGGCCGGACUCACGUCUUGGAACAUCGACUGCUCUCUCUACCCAAGCUGAAGGAGUUCUGGGGUUCAGACUUUCCAUUCCCAAACAUCAUCGAUUUAUAUGAACUUCAAGUCAUCCGUGUGCUCCAUGACAGCGUAUGCCUGGUCCGCAUUGGAGAGGAGUUAUUCAUCUUCAAGGCACUUAUGAGUGGAACAAAGUAUCUGUAUCACGAGCUGAAGAUACUUUGCAACCUUGGUUCACACCCGAAUGUCAUUGGUCGACCUAUUCAUCUCGUCAGAAAGGCAUGUAACUUUGGAGCAAAGAAGGCGAUCGUUGGAUUCACAACCUUCUAUCAUUGCAACGGUAGUUUACGAGACGUGUUACCCCAGCUACGCAUACAUGGCAAGCUUUCCCAGGCUUGGCAGCUUACUUGGGCCGCUCAGCUGACUAAUGCUUUGGAACACCUGCGUUCUACUUCUGGUACAUAUUACCCCGAUCUAAGGCUCGACAACAUUGUCCUGAGUACUUCAUUGGACAUUGUAAUGGUAGACUUCGAGCAACGCGGUGUCUGGUGCGAAUUUGCCGCUCCUGAAGUCAAUGCCAUCGAAUACAUUCGAUUCAUCGCAACCGACGAGCGUGCAGAUGAGCAGGACGAGCGUGCAGAUGAACGGCUAUUCCCAAGAGACAAGCAGAGCGGGGAUGAUGCCCAUGAGAAGUACUGGGAUAUGUUGAGGCGACUUGUACCUGCGGUCGACGUCCUUGAGAAGAAUGAUGAUUACGUCAACGCGCCACAGGGUUACAAUGUCCCGUGGAUCGCUCUAGACCCUACCGAACAAGAGGCUGCAGAGGUCUAUAUGCUUGGACGGGUCUUGUGGUGCAUUUUCGAAGGGGUGAGUGGUCCGCAGAAGGCGGCAGUGUGGCAAUCGUACCCCUGGGAGUCGGAUCUGGAGUUUCCGGACUUCCGUCAGACACCCGAUGAAAUGAGACCCCUGAUCGAGAGGUGUGCUCGAGGGCGACGCCAAACGUUGGGCAGCAUCAUUGAGCGGGAGGGGAGCCGUCUCGUGCUGAAAGGGGUCCCGUUGAGCCAGCAAAACCCGAAAGAUGUACAGGAUGCUGCUCGUCGAUUCUGGCAGACCGAGUUACAGGUCGCGGAGGAAUUUCUGGCUAUGAGAGAAGUGCUCAAGGAACAAGGCAACUGGCCAGGAAAUUACUAUCAACGACCAACUCUAAGAGAGGUGCUUGCGGAGUUGUUGGCAUAUCAGAGCAAAACAGUCUGA